UUUAGAUUUAGAUUUAGAUUUAGUUUUCUACCAUGUAGGAAAAAUACCCACUUAAAAAACAAACACGCGUAAAACAAACAAACGCACUCUCAUAGAGAGCCAUUGUAGAGUUUAGAUCGAGCCCCCCUUCCCUGUCCCUAUCCUUUUCUUCCACAGGAAAAGAAAACCCACUCUCACCUCUCUCUCUCCCUCUCUCUCUCUCUCUCUCACAUAUUUUUGAACCAAAAUCAUUUCCAGUAGCUCAACUAAACAAACGCAAACAUCGUCGAUUUGAUUCUUGCCAAUUCAGUUCUCCACCGUUGAUCUCCAUCUCAGAUUCUCAUCACCAAAAUCCGAUCUCAACGAUGUGAAGCUUGCUAUGCUUGCUUGGGCUUCUUGAUUGAUGUGUUUGGAUAGUCCGAUUUAGAGAGAUUUCGGUUUGGAAUCAGAAUGAAGAAGAAGAUGGCGUGGUUUGGUGGGAGAGUUUCGUUGGGGAACUUUCCGGAUCUCGCCGGAGCUGUGAACAAGCUCCAGGAGAGCGUCAAGAACAUCGAGAAGAAUUUCGAUAAUGCUCUCGGUUUCGAGGAGAAGUCUGGAGACAACUCCGAAUCAACCACUGAAGUACGCAUGCUUUCCCCAUGGAGUUUAAGUUGCACCACUGCUAUGUUCCUGCUACUGGUGUACAGGUCUAUCAUAUUGGAUUGCUGCAUUGUUCAAGAGCUACUGUUGCAUUAAGGCUGCAUCAAUGAAGAAUUACUGUUGUAUUUACUGAUGAUUUCCAUUCACGUACUGUAAUAAUUAAUUAAUAGUUGAAAUUAACAAGAGAUGAUUCCUAUUUUUUUCUUUUUCUUUUUUCUUUCUACACAUUGUAUAAUACAUUUGAUU